UCUGAAAAAUAUGUUAUGUUUUUUACUACUAUAUAUUGAAAAACAUAACAAUUACCUAUAACAAUAAUUUUCAUGAACAAAUUUCUCUAGAAACAUUAAUUUUUCAUAACUCUGUAGGCUGUUUCUUGUAAGGUUAUUUAAUAAUUAGUUAUAAAAAUUUUUUUUAAAAAAUUAAGAUUUAAUCUCAAUGAAUUGUAAAUUGAUCCAGUUUCAGUCAACAAGUCAAAACUCAAAAGCAAUCUGACGUCAUUCUGUAUUGACAAUCCAACGGCUCAUGUCUCAUAAACUGAUCCAACGGUCAGAAAUAAAAGAAACGUUGCACGAAAUUAGAAUAAUAGUCUUUUCUUCUUCCUCCCUCCCAUUUAAAGAAGUGUCUCUUCCUCUCCCACUCUUCCUUCUCAGUAAAGCUAAAAAAAUCAUUUUACACACACAAAAAAAAAAAAGCUUUUCUCUCCUCAGACCUUUAUCUCUUCUUCCUCCUCCUUGUUCAAACCCAAAGUUUCGAUCUUUUUUUGCGUUUGUCUUAACUCUGAAGUCAAGACCAUGGAACCCGGGCAGCAGGAUCCAGUGACGUUAGGUCUUGAACAUCGGGUCACGAUGGAUCAAGGGUCAAUAGAACGGUUCAUGACUCAGGUUACAGAGCAGGCUUUAGAGGUUGUCGAUUUAAAGCGUCAGUGGAAAGAAUACGAGGAGGCUUAUGCAUUGAUGGAGGAAACUGUGAGGAACCAUGUACUAGAGGCUAAGAAGAAAGAGGAGGAAUCGGAUAUGAAGCACUCUCUGGAAACACAUGUGAUGAUGUUGACUCUCGAGAUGCAGACCGAAGAAGCGGUAGCUCAGCAUGAGGAGCUGAAGCAAGAGGUUCAAGUGAAGAAAGAGGAGCUUGAAGCGAGGGAGAAUGAGCUGAAGAAGAGGGAAGAGGAGUUAGAAGUGAAGAGGAAGUCUCUAGAGGUCAAGGAGAAGAACUUUGAAGAGCUGAUGAGGUUGCAUGAUGAGACCAUGAAGGAGGAAUCUACUGAGAUUGAGAAGAGGAACCAGAGACAAGAAGCAGAAGCUAGAGAGAUUGAAGUGAAAAGGCAUUCUCUUGAGCUCAAGGAGAAGCAGCUUGAAGAAAGAGAGGAACUACUCAAAGGGAAGAAGAAGAAGAGAGAAUUGGAUAAACGAGCAAAGAGUAGAAAGAGAUCCAGAGAUGAACUAGCUGAGAAGGAUGAUAUAGAUGAAGAUUGCCUCAUUAGAAAAAAACACAAACAUGAUGCUAAAGAGAAGGAUCCUGAGCCAUACUCUUGUCCUGAUGCAGACUUCAACAGUUUCAACAACAACACAAUAAGCUCUUCCGCUGUGGGACAAAUAUGGGCUCUCUAUGAUCCUUCAGAUGAAAUGCCUCGCUACUACGCUCGGAUCAGGAAAGUUCUGAAACCUCAGCUGAGAGUUGGCAUUAGAUGGCUUGAAUCAAAAGCAGCAAACAAGAAGCCAGUUCCAAUCGCUUGUGGUGAAUUCAAGUACGGUGACAAAACCACAAGCAGCCACUUGAUGUUUUCUCAUGAGAUGCAUCACGUCAGAACCGGCAAGAAGACCGUCUCCAUAAACCCGAGGAAAGGAGAGACGUGGGCUCUUUUCAGAGAUUGGAAGAAGGAGCAGCAGCAGCACAAGCGUCUGUAUAGAUAUGACUUUGUCCAAAUCGAGUCUGAGCUGGACAGUGAUCACGGCGUUGGAGUGGCUUAUCUAGGAAAAGUGGUGGGAUUCACUUCAGUGUACGAGCUCGCUGAGCAACAUGAUUGCUUCAAAAUGAUGAUACCGUCUGAUGAGAUGCUUAGGUUUUCGCAUAGAGUUCCAUCUUUUGUAUUGACUGGAGAUGAAAGAAAAGGUGUCCCUGCUGGCUCUUUCGAGCUUGACCCUGCUGCUAUUCCUAAAGACUGUCUUGAAGAUUUGAAGGUUAAACAAGAGAGAGUUUAAGUUCAGUGCAAGUCUGAUGUGUCUUUUUUUUUUUAAAAGUAUUUUAUGUAUGUUGAAGAUGCACCAAUGAACUGAUGGAUCUGUGUCGUUUAUGUUUAGUUUGUUUUGGUGAAACAUGAAGCUUUUUUGUAUUUGAUCUAACAACAGGUUUACAAUGUGUGUGAUGAGUUUUCAUUACAAGAAAUGAGAGGAAUGAGUUAUUUGCUCUCAUUUUGUGAAGGAAAGUAUUUGCUUAUUGUACCCUUUUAAUUUACAUAAUUUUCAAAUCAGCCCCUAAUGAAUCUAAUAGCUAUUUGAUGUUGGUAAUUCAUACUUGCUGUUAAGAGGGUCUUGAGUGGUUUAGCUAGUGAAUAUUAAUGAGGAAACGUGAAUGCUUACCAAAGUGAAAGUGAAGAAACGCAAAUGCUUUGGUGCUUUGUGGAAGAUAUCAUCUGCCCAUGACCAUGAUGAAUCAGAGGCCCAAGCUGAAGCUAUUGUGAAACGGAAUAUGGGAGAGGUAUUCUUCUGACUAUAAUAAGUUCACUUGGGCAAAGUCAAGCUCACAAGAAGAUGACAGAGUUGAUCCUCGGCUCAAGAAUAUAAUAGGCCUCUGUUAUCAACAAGAGCUGGCUUGUAACCUGGUUGUUUUGCAUGAUUGGUUUGGUUUGAUGUUCAAUGGUUACUGGUCAAGUGAUCGAGUUUGAUCAAGCAUGUGAACUUUCUUUUUGCUUCAUUUGCUUGUUAUGGUCUUUGAGCU